AUGCUUCGCCUCGCACUCCCCUUCGUACUCGCUGCUGUCACUCGCGGAGCCCUCGCGGCCCCAUAUACACCCUCGGGAGGACUGGGCUUCAACUCAACACCGGUUUAUCAGCCGAUGAGCGAUUUUGAUUUCCAGUCACUCGCGCUGGCACUGCACCAAGAGUAUAUCGAGCUCGAUUUAUUCCAUCACGGUCUCGCCAUGUUUUCCGACGCCGAGUUCGAGGCGGCGGGCCUCGGCGCCCACGACCGCUUCCUGAUUGAGUUCAUGGCGGACCAAGAAGUGGGCCACGCGACCCUCAUAUCAAACAUUCUUGCGGAUGCGGCGCCAAAGCAAUGCAAUUAUACGUACCCCUUCGAGAGCGUCCGCGACUUCGUAGAUUUCUCCCAGAAGCUCACGCGCUUCGGUGAGUCUGGGGUAUAUGGGUUCCUCGAGCACCUCGACUCCCGGGCAUCUGCCUCACUCCUUCUGGAGUCUAUCACCACCGAGGCGCGUCAGCAAAUGAUCUUCCGGCAAUUCGAAGGACUAUUCCCAAUGCCGGAGUGGUUUAUUCCUGGCAUCACACAGAGCAUGGCGUGGACGCUUCUUGCGCCAUAUAUCACCUCAUGCCCUGAGAACAACACGCACCUCGCAUGGCAGAACUUCCCCGCACUAAACAUCACAAACAACCCCAACGCUUCAGUUCUGACUAACGAGACGGGGCCUGCGAUCACGCAUAACCGGUCCACACCGUUGUCGUCUCCUGGGAUGACGGUCAACUUGACCUGGGAAAACCCGGGCCUUGCGGUCGGCCCUAACGGAUCGUACACGACGUCCACUAGCGCGGGCGAGCCUAAAUUCGUCGCGUGGAUAUCGCAAAUAAACACCACGUUCACCGACCUCACCAUCCUGGGCAACAACACGGGUUCGACCAUCCAGCCGGGCAGCGAGAUUUUCGGCAACAACACGUUCUCAACCAUCAACGGCACCAUGUUCAUCCUGAUCACGGAUGAUAGCCCAUUUGUCACCCCCUUCAACCUAUCGAUGCUCAACGACCAUGUUGUUGCCGGGCCAGCUAUGUACCAGUCUGGCUGA